CCCGCCCCGUGACGUCACUACCCGGCGUGCCGCGCGCCGCGCUUCCCCUCCGCCCGCUAAUGUUUUGGCCGAUCCAAGAUGGCGGUGCAGGAGUCGGCGGCUCAGCUUUCCAUGACCCUGAAGGUGCAGGAGUACCCGACCCUCAAGGUGCCCUAUGAGACGCUGAACAAGCGCUUUCGAGCCGCGCAGAAGAACAUCGACCGUGAGACGAGCCACGUGACCAUGGUGGUGGCCGAGCUGGAGAAGACCCUGAGCGGCUGUCCGGCCGUGGACUCUGUGGUCAGCCUCCUGGACGGAGUGGUGGAGAAGCUCAGCGUCCUCAAGAGGAAGGCGGUGGAGUCGAUCCAGGCGGAGGACGAGAGCGCCAAGCUGUGCAAGCGGCGGAUCGAGCACCUCAAGGAGCACAGCAGCGACCAGCCGGCGGCCGCCAGCGUGUGGAAGAGGAAGCGCAUGGACCGCAUGAUGGUGGAGCACCUGCUGCGCUGCGGCUACUACAACACAGCUGUGAAGCUGGCACGGCAGAGCGGCAUCGAGAGGUGCAGAGGGACCAGAGCUGGCCAUCUCCAGGAGAAAGGCAGCGUGCACCUCACAGAGGAGAUAAUCCAGAAGGCGGUUUCCACGUGGAGCCCCAGCGUCACAGUGUGUGCAGAGGGUCCAUGGACGUCAGAGGGCCGUCAGCAGGAAAGAGGAGGACCUGGCAAGACCGCAUGGAUGGAGGACACACAGGCCGCGAGGAGCUGGGGAAGAGACCGCCUCUUGGAAUUUAGAGCAAAACUGAGAAAGGACUUAGUGAACAUCGAGAUGUUCCUGACGGCCAAAGAGGUGGAGGAGUCCCUGGAGAGGCGCGAGACCGCCACCUGCCUGGCCUGGUGCCACGACAACAAGUCCCGCCUGCGCAAGAUGAAGGGCCGCCAAAGCGAGCACGACGCGAAGACGGGACGGAAAAGUAGAGUGGCCAGUGGCUCCCUUAAAGAGAGUGAGGAUCUUGGUAUGGAAACCAUAAAAGGAAAGCCAGAAUUGAGCUGCCUGGAGUUUAGCCUAAGGAUCCAGGAGUUCAUUGAACUCAUCCGGCAGAACAAGAGACUGGACGCUGUGAGACACGCAAGAAAGCACUUCAGUCAGGCCGAAGGGAGCCAGCUGGACGAGGUCCGCCAGGUGAUGGGCAUGCUGGCCUUCCCGCCGGACACGCACAUCUCUCCCUACAAGGACCUGCUGGACCCUGCCCGGUGGCGAAUGCUCAUCCAGCAGUUCCGCUAUGACAACUACCGGCUGCACCAGCUGGGGAACAACUCCGUGUUCACCCUCACCCUGCAGGCCGGCCUCUCGGCGAUAAAGACACCGCAGUGCUACAAGGAGGACGGCAGCUCGCGGAGCCCCGACUGCCCGGUGUGCAGUCGCUCCCUGAACAAGCUGGCGCAGCCGCUGCCCAUGGCGCACUGCGCCAACUCGCGCCUGGUCUGCAAGAUCUCGGGAGACGUCAUGAACGAGAACAACCCACCCAUGAUGCUGCCCAACGGCUACGUCUACGGCUACAAUUCCCUGCUCUCCAUCCGGCAGGAUGAUAAGGUCGUCUGCCCGAGAACCAAAGAGGUCUUCCACUUCUCCCAGGCCGAGAAGGUGUACAUCAUGUAGGCGGCGGUGUGUCGCCCGGCAGCCGCAGGCCCUCCUGCCUGCUUCUCUGUUUCUUGCGACCAAAGAUCAGUGAGCAACGACACACACUCUCGGGAAAAGAGGGAGGAAGAUUUAACGAGCUCUGGCUUGAUUUUGCAACAAGUCAGCUGUCUGACGCUUCUGAAGCGUGCUUUCACCUUUCAGAGGAACUUUUCUUGAAAGACUGACUCGGCAGAGGGGCACUAGGACAUUUCAGAUAGGACUCUGUUACCUCCCGUGCGCCCACACUUCCCUCCCUCUUGCUGAUGACGAACCUAGGGGAACAGGCUGGUCCUCGGCUGUGGCCCCAAAGCCGUGGCAGCCACGCCAGACUGACCUGUGGUGACUCAGUGCCACGAAGGGCCCCGUCACUUCUCUGUAGAGCUGCUGCCAAACGCCAGCCUGUGGGCCUGGGCGGGGCUGGCUUCCAGGUGGCUGUCUGCCCUCAGCCGCGGCUGUGGGGCUGUUAGGAUCCAUAGGUCCAGUAUUACGUCACUCCUGCCGCCUUACCUCCGCCUGAGAAUGUAUCACGUGGAAAUCCACUGGACCCAGUGUCUGCAGAGGCCUUGCCGAUGGUUCCAUAACUUUAGCUCUAAAUUCUCUUCAUUACAGAAACAAUAGUGCAGUUGAAAUAACCACCAACGACUUUUCAAAUCAGAUGAAACAUUGUAGUUUAUACAAGCCCGUGCGUAGAGGUUUGUACUCGGCGCUUAUUUUUGCAUGUUGAUGUUGAUUAGCUAAUAAACGAUAAACGUUAAGACAUGCCGAUAAA